AUGUCAGGAAAAUUAGAAGGGUCUGCAAUUUUUCUGGUCAUAUUUAUGGUUUUAUUUACCAUCCAAAUAGCAAAUGCAACUACUUAUAAUGUUGGCGAUGAUGGUGGUUGGGAUAUUGGCGUUAGCAACUGGCCUAAUGGCAAAAAUUUCAAAGUUGGCGAUGUGCUAGUGUUCAAUUACCCCAAAAAUGUUCACAGUGUGGUGAUAGUGAACAAGGAGAACUACGAUAGUUGUACGCCUUCUGGAAAAACAUUGACUUCUGGAAAUGAUAAAGUAACACUUGGCAAGGGCACAAGCUACUUUAUUUGUGGGAAGCCAACUCAUUGUCAAUUUGACCAAAAGAUUGCAGUUACUGCUAAUUAA